AUGAGCCUCAUCACUCCCCCGGUUCUGUCAAGCAGCGAGGCGGCGAUAUACCGUAACGGCGACAGCGGGUUUGUGUUGAAAACGGCUUCUGGCGUUUCGUCUACGUCGCCGUGUGAAGAUGACUGGCGUGAUUUCACCGAUAUGUUGCGGACAUUGGCGCACGACAAAGUAUUACUUCUCAGCAUUUUGCAUGGUGUCCCGGCGGAGGAGCAGGACACUUUAGCCGAGCUUCUGGAGCACGUUCUUUGGGUUGCGAGUGAGGUCGCCCCGGUAGAAGCCUCGCAAAUUUUGUCGACACUUCUUCUGUUAGAGUUUUAUCAUGCCUCGCAGAAACGGAACGAUGUCCAUACCUUUAUGCGAGGAAAUGGUGUGGUGCCCAAGGUGUUUGAGGGUCUUCUGGCCCGAGUGGUAAGUAGUGAGGGUGGAAUUGAGGGGCAGCUGCUGCGGUGCUGUAGCAUUUUGCAUGCAGACGGCGCUGCGCCUGCCGUGGCGGAGGGUGACGUUAGUCUUUCGGAGGCCGACACUGAUACCGUGAGGUCUGGUGAAGUCGUGUCUUCUCGAUGCCUCCUUGAAGGGCUUGACUAUUUUAACGGGUCGACGACCUUGUUAUCAGGCGUUGACAAGGGCAUUGCCCGCCAUCAGGAUAGUUACGUGUCUACCAUUGGGGGAAUGUCAUGCCGUAUUCUGAACGUCGUCUACGCCUCUGUGAGCCAAUGGCCAUGGAGCUUGCGAGAGUCCCUGCGAUGCCUCUUGAACACUGUUGGCGCGGCUUCCCAAGAUCAUGUGCAGCCCGGGCAUCGAGGUUGUAGCCUGGAAACGUUGACUAUUUUGCAGCAGAAUAUGAUGGCAACGAUCGUGGUUCUUCGAGCGGUCGUGCCAACCCUAAUAAAUAUCGUCUCCCGUUUACUCCCAGAAGAGAGCUGUUUUGACACACAUUACACCUUGGUGCAAAAACGCUGCACCAUGUUGGCGAAGUUGGCGCAGAAGGCGGCUCAUGGCUUAUUGUUUAGUGGCCCACAUGAAACAGAGAUGGCUGCCUUUAACAACGAGCUACCGGCGCUUACGCAGCGGUGGGCCGAGGUGUUUUUGUAUUUGUGCCAUAAAACGGAUCCACCAAGUCCACGUCAUGACGGCGAUCUGGUGGCCUCUGAGGCCGAGGCUGGACUGCGGUUUUGUGAAUUUCUGGAUCAUUAUUUUGUCCGCUUGCUGCACUGGGUGAUGCAGCACAAGCCAAUCAUGGAACCGAUUUAUUGGAGCCGGCUCUUGUGCCUUACUCGUUACGCCCAACGACGUUUGGGGCGUGUGGGUCACUUUGCUUCAGUUCCACUCCCGUCCAGCGUGACAUUUCCUGUCGUGGGGGAGGGUUCUGUGUUUUCCAGGAUGCUAAGACCCGUGCUCGGUUUUCUGUCACGUGUUGGUCGUUCCCGACAUCCCUCUGGCGCGCAAACUGCGAGCCGUAACGCGGUGAGUUCACCGGCUGAAGUGAUCUUCGACGAGCUGGUCGCAUACGCCCUGGGCAUGAUUGAUGACCCGGGGGCAACAGGAGUGCAUGCCUGCUUUUGCGGCAUUUUUGGCCUUGCCUGCGAUGGAACCGUUGGCAUUUUCAUUUACUGGGAUCUAUUGCGUCUGUACCUCGAGGAGUACCAAGCAAGGAAGGGAGUCGAGUUGCAGCGGCGAUGCCCACGGUUUUGUGGCCACUGGAAGGACUCGGUGCUUCAAUUUGGUGACUCUCUCGCUUACCUUUUUGUUUUUAUCAGCCUGGCGUUGUCAAGCAAAGACAACAAAGGAUUUCGACUCUUUGUUCUGGCUGCCAAACCCUCAAUGUGUUGUUCGUGGUUGGGGGACGCACUCCGGUUGUUACCUACCAGAUACGCAAGACAGUGCGCCCAUGUGCUUUUACUAAACCCAGCGGAUGUGCACUUGUUGCACACUCAUCGUGUGCGCCACUUCUUCGAGCUCACCGUGUGCCGACGGGCGAGGGACUUGCUACGGACCUUGGAGGAACUGCGCCUUCACCUGCCCCUUCGUUGCAUGGAGUACCACACACUGUUAGUCACCGAGGCGGGGGAGAGUGACCAAACUUUUAGGCUACUCUUUCCUCCUCCCCCCUGUGUGGAGCCAAACGGAGUAGGCCAGAAUGGGUUUGUUACAUCUGCUGCGUCCGUCUUGCACGCAUCGUUGGAGGCCCAUUUAUGGCCGCUGUCGCUGAUGUGGGACGUGUUCACACUGAUUCAAUCCGCCAUUGCUCCCCCGGAGGUCUUAUCCUUGUCAGCAAUGACGAGUGGAGUUGAAAAUGGCGCGGGUAUGCGUCCACUGCCGAAACUUCCUAAAUAUUCCUUGAGUCUCUGGCGCAUGCAUGCGGUGAAAUUUUUCUUCAAUUUUGAAGGGGACUUACUGUUACAUUUGGAGAUCGAACCCAAGUGGCUGCGGGAGACAAGUUCCCCGGGCCACGACACCGCUCAGCCCCCGCUGCGAGCGUCCCAGCAGAAGGAAGACCGGUAUUGCUGCUCCUGGUUCUCCCUGUCUCACGCGGGGGAAACCGAGGAGGAGAUGUCUGAGAGUUGCCUUCUCCGUGUCCUUUUUUUGGCCUCGCGGCGGUGUUGUGCAGGCGGCGGCCUGCAAUUAACUGAUCGGUCCAGUGAGGUGGGGCUCUGGCCGAGUAUUGUUCCAAGCCUGCGACACACGACAUUAGAGUCGCUUUGGCGGCUUUUGCUAUAUAGUUUGUGGAAUACAUUUGCGUUGGUGCGUCAUGUCUCGCCGGCGCGUUGUCCCGUAACACGCGUAACACAGGCGGUGAGGGCUUAUCUGGGGCGUUCCCCCCAGCCGGCGCCUAUAGCUGACAAUCUUCAUCUUUUUGACGAUGAUACAGCCUUGUUGAACAUGGCCGCGACGGCGCUUCUCGCUGCGCCUGCGGCCGAGUGCGGGAUUCUCCAGCUGCUUGUAGAAAUUUGUGCGUUUAUCCGCAAGAUCGAUUUGGCAGAGCUUGACUCCGCUGCCGUUAAGCAUGACGGUGCGAAGGCUGCGUGGGGAAAUGUCAUGACCGAUGGGGUCAUCCGUAUUGUGUUCCGCAAGGAGGAGCUUGAUGACGCUGAACUUCUGGGCGCACACCUGAUUGCGACCCAGGGAGCGGCUCUUUUAUUAUCCGCUUGCGUUUCGCCUCCUACUGGAGGCGUUUUUACCUGA